GGCGGACGCCGGCCCCCUUGGCCUCCCCGCACACACACGCCCCCAUCGCUCCGUGUCACUCCGCAGCCGCCCCCCGCCCGCUGCCUGUCGCGGCUGCGGGGGCAAGGAGCCGGGGCCGGGCCGGCCUGGGGUGAGCGCGGGCCCGGCCGCAGGGGGCGGGCUGGAGGAGAAGCGGGAGAAGCGCCUCCCUCGAGGCGCCGGGGGCUGGAGUCCGGAGAGAGACGCGGCGCGGCGGCUGCUGGAGGCUGGUCGCGGGAGGAAAUCAUUGUAAGCUUGGUGUCUUGGAAAUAUGGAAUCCAUCUCUAUGAUGGGAAGUCCUAAAAACCUCAAUGAAACCUUCUUACCAAAUGGUGUUAAUGGUAUCAAGGAUGCCAGUAAGAUCACAAUCGGCAUAUUUGGAAGUGGAGACUUUGCCAAGUCCCUGACCAUUAGGCUUAUAAAAUGUGGAUAUCAUGUGGUCGUAGGAAGCAGAAACCCUAAAUUUGCUGCUGAGUUUUUCCCACAUGUGGUUGAUGUUACUCACCAUGAAGAUGCUGUAGCAAAAACUAACAUCAUUUUUGUUGCCAUACACAGAGAACAUUAUGCCUCUUUGUGGGACCUCAAGCAUUUACUUAUAGGUAAAAUCCUUGUAGAUGUUAGCAACAAUAUGAGAGUGAAUCAGUAUCCAGAAUCCAAUGCAGAGUAUUUGGCCUCCCUGUUCCCAGAUUCACUGAUUGUCAAAGGAUUUAAUGUCGUCUCAGCCUGGGCACUGCAGUUAGGACCAAAGGAUGCCAGCAGACAGGUCUUUAUAUGCGGUAACAACGUUAAAGCUCGCCAUCAAGUUCUUGAACUUGCCCGACAGCUGAAUUUUAUUCCCAUUGAUUUGGGGGCAUUAUCUUCUGCAAGGGAGAUUGAAAAUUUACCUCUGCGGCUGUUCACAUUGUGGAAAGGGCCGGUCGUGGUGGCUGUUAGUUUGGCCACUUUUUUCUUCAUCUAUUCUUUCAUCAGAGAUAUUAUACAUCCAUAUGUGAGAAAUCAGCAGAGUGAUUUUUACAAGAUUCCCAUUGAGAUUGUGAACAAGACUUUACCAGUUGUUGCUAUUACUUUGUUGUCUCUGGUGUAUUUAUCAGGACUCCUGGCAGCUGCUUCUCAGCUUUAUUAUGGCACUAAGUAUAGGCAACUUCCUCCCUGGCUGGAGAGUUGGUUGCAAUGUAGGAAACAGCUUGGACUACUCAGUUUUUUCUUUGCUACCGUGCACGUGGCUUAUAGCCUCUGCUUACCUAUGAGGAGGUCUGAACGAUACUUGUUUCUUAAUAUGGCUUAUCAGCAGGUUCAUGCAAAUGUGGAAAAUUCUUGGAAUGAGGAAGAAGUGUGGCGAAUUGAAAUGUAUAUCUCCUUUGGAAUAAUGAGUCUCGGCUUGCUUUCUUUGUUGGCAGUGACUUCAAUCCCUUCAGUAAACAGUGCCUUAAACUGGCGGGAAUUCAGUUUUAUUCAGUCUACUCUGGGAUAUGUCGCUCUGCUCAUAAGUACUUUCCAUGUGUUAAUUUAUGGGUGGAAAAGAGCCUUUGAAGAAGAAUACUACAGGUUUUAUACACCACCAAACUUUGUUCUUGCCCUUGUUUUGCCUUCUAUUGUAAUUGUAGGUAAGAUCAUUUUACUCUUUCCAUGUAUAAGCAGGAAACUGAGAAGAAUCAGAAGAGGCUGGGAAAAAAGCCAAGUUAUGGAAGAAAGAGGUGGGACUGUUCCACAUCUUUCACCGGAAAGGAUUACGGUGAUGUGAUGUUGGAAUAGUGUCCAUUAGGACUGUUACAGUUGUCACUGGUUAUUUUGUUUUAAAACUUGUGUUUUUAGGAGUUUAUAUAACUCAUAUGUAAAAGUUGCUGUGGAAUUCCUUGGCAUAUGGUACAAGCUCUCAGCCGAGAAAUGAGCAAUUUAUUUUUCUUCAGAAAAUUUAAAAAAAAAAUCACUUCAGUUUUAAGUUACAAGAGGGCAAACAAUGUGAAAUCAGGAUUUUUUUAAUGCUUCUUUGCACAAUUGUAUCACAAACAUUGUGGUUUUAUAAUUAAAAUCAAAUGUUCCAGAUAGCAUUUCUUUGACUGAUAGUAUAUGUUCCAGACAGUACUUCUUUUAUUAAAACCACCCUUUUUUAGUUAGUCAGGCCAGAAUGUAGAGCAGUGGUUCCCAAACUUGUUCUGCCACUUGUGCAGGGAAAGCCCCUGGCGGGCCAGGCCGGUUUGUUUACCUGCCGCGUCCGCAGGUUCGGCCGAUCGCGGCUUCCACUGGCCGCGGUUUGCUGCUCCAGGCCAAUGGGAGCUGCUGGAAGUGGCGGCCAAUACGUCCCUUGACCGAACCUGCGGAUGCAGCAGGUAAACGAACCGGCCAGCCCACCAGGGGCUUUCCCUGCACAAGUGGCGGAACAAGUUUGGGAACCACUGAUGUAGAGUAAUAGAUUUUAAUGAUUUAGGAAAUAAACAUGUUUUGAAACAGCUGAGAUUAAAUUUUUAAUGGUUGAAAUUAUUUAUCGCAUACGUACAUUACACUUAGUUGUGUAACUCAACAAGGACUUUGAAUCAAAACAUGACUUGAAUAUAAUAAAAAUGUUAGUUGCAUUAAGGAAUAUGAUUUCAAAGUGUUGCAUAUGGUUUUAGACAUGCAAUGUCCAUUGAUGUUAGUGAGUCAUGCAGUGAAAAUCCAAUCUAAAACUUUGAAAGUGCAAGAAGGACUUAUUUAAAUUUGUACAAUCAACUAAUGAUCACUUUAAAAAUAAAACAUGCCAAAAAUUAUUUUUAAAAAUUAAAGUUGGGGGAAAUUUGCAAUAAAAAAUUUCAACUUUAUGGGUGAAACUUCCAAUAUCUUAAGCACAAUAGAGAAAGACCAUAAUGUUAACGUUAUCUGUGUGUUUCUGUCUUGGAGUUUCAGUUAUGGCACAUGAAUUUCCCUCUCUUUCAACCUUAAGAUCUCUUAAUGUAUUUUUGUUGCACAAAUAAUGUUCCAUUUUUAUAUUAAACUUUUGUUUUUAUAGCCAGCAUCUGUGGGGAAUGCUUUACUGUGAAUUUUUAAGAAACAAAAACAAAUAUUCCUAUACUUCAUCAUUUUAACGUGAGUUGAUGAUCCCGUGAAAUGGAAAUUUCCUUCUAAAAUUUGUAAUUCUGGUUUCCUAAGGCUUUCUGAAUGUUGUUUAGAAUGAUUUAUCAAUGACUACUUUAGCAUGUUUUGUUCUUCUUUAAGGAAUAGGCCAAACUCUACUCAUGCUGCUCCUAUAGAAAUCAAUGGAAGUUGUUCCCAUGCAUCAGAGUGCAGAAUUUGGCUCUACAUCUCUACCUAUUUUUGCAGUAUUACAGCUGUACUGUCUUUGUUUUCUUUCCUCACAUUUUUGCAAUAAUUUGCUAUCAGUAUGAUAAAUAUCUGCAAUAUGACUCUUAUCCAUAUAGCACUUGUGUAUACUUAAGCACAUGAGUAGUCCCAUUGGCUUUACUGCCUACAUUUGUAAUGACUGGGGGGAGGGAUAGCUCUGUGGUUUGCUCAUUGGCCUGCUAAACCCAGGAUUGUGAGUUCAAUGCUUGAGGGGGCCAUUUAGGGAUCUGGGGCAAAAAUUGGGGAUUGGUCCUGCUUUGAGCAGGGAGUUGGACUAAAUGACCUCCGGAGGUCCCUUCCAACCCUGAUAUUCUAUUAUUCUAACCCUACACCCAUGCAAUGUGUAUUUAGACCCAAAUUCUGCUCCCACUUAAUGCCUGCAUAAAUCCAAAUUAACUCAGUGCCAGUUGUUUUUAGUUUCAUUAUAAACUCAAGAACCCCAGUUAGGUUUUUCAAGAUUCAUUAUAGCCUCCAAGCCUUUAAAACAAACCUAGGCCCAUUUAUGGUUUUGUCUGAAUCACAAGAAAUCUACAGUUUUACAUGGUUUCACCUGUGUUCUGCUUCAGAUGUUUCACCUGUGUUCUGCUUUAGAUGUAGGGUUUGUUCAAACUCAAAACCCAGACAGAAACUCCAGGCAGAGGACUUUCUCAAAAUGACGCAGCAUAAAGUGAGACAAGGUGGGUUAGUUAAUAUCUUUUGUCUUUAGAAAGCUUGUCUCUCUCACCAACAGAAUUUGGUCCAAUAAAAGAUAUUACUUCAUCCACCUUGUCUCUCUAAUGCCCUGGGACCAACACAACUACAACAACACUGCAUACAAAAUUAAGUGUUAGUUCGAACCUCUGCCAGGCUAAACAAUCAAUAUUGCAUGUCUCUAGCUCUCUUUACUAUUCAGUGAAA